AUGGCGAAUGCUUCAUCGCUUUACACAGCCUCAACAGACCUUUGUGCGGACUCUGUCGAAUCCGUACCAUACUUUCAAGGCCUGUUCGCCCUAGCUACGUAUCAAGUGGACAAACAUGAACAGGUGCAAGCCCAAUCUUCGAGCUCAUCUUCUUCCGCCGAGCCCUCGACAAAUCACGAUGACAGUGGCGAAGAUGAAGAGAACACGACCACUCGAGAAGCCACAUCGAUCAGUCCUGCGUACACAAGGCGUGGAACACUGAGCAUGUACUAUGCCUCGUCGAUCGAAGGCAAGGUGCAGUGCGAGAAGGUCGACACGAUCGAGACGCCAGCUAUCCUGGACAUGAAGUGGUCGCUCACGAAAACGGGGGAUGGUCCAGAUGCAAGGCGAAUCCUCGGCGUGGCGAAUGCAAAGGGCCAGCUUACACUACAUCGUCUGCAAAAUAGUAGCUCGGGCCGAACCUCACUGUCAAAGCUGUCGAUACUAGGCGAGCUACAGUUCAACAAUCGAAAUGCACUCUGUCUGAGUCUAGACUUUUCAGACCGGGCAGGGGGACAUGCCGGAGGAUACGAUUUAGCAAACUUGACUGCAGACACGUCGGUCAUUGUAUCUCAGAGUGACGGUUCACUUGCUUAUCUGCCCAGUUUGGAAACUGCACUUUCCAGCAUGACUGUUGAUGUCGAAGACAUCACUUCGGAUCUUGCAAGUACGUCGGUACAUAAAAACACAAGCGAUGAAAAUGCAGACGAGGACAACGACUGGGACAGGACGAGCGAAGAUGAGCGGCUUGCGUCACUUCAGCACACACACUCGCGGCUCAACUCUUCCUUCACGAGAAAACCUCGCGGACUCACCACCUGGGCAGCACACGACUUUGAAGCCUGGAUCGCCGGCUUUGAUUGCUUCAACCCCACCAGCGUCUGGUCUGGCGGAGACGACCUCACUCUGAAAUGCUGGGAUCUUCGCUCCGCCUCUCCUUGCAGAAUUCCCAGACCAUCUUUCACCUGCACUAAACCUUUUAGCGGCGGUGUAACAUCGCUUCAAUCGCAUCACCUGCGACAGCAUCUCUGGGCAGUCGGAAGUUACGAUUCCUACCUGCGACUGUUUGACGCACGUAUGCCAGCUCGCCCACUCAGCGAGACAAACGUGGGCGGUGGAGUCUGGCGCGUCAAAUGGCAUCCGGAGGAUGCGCAGACGUUGUUGUGCGGCUGCAUGCAUGAUGGAUUCAAAGUGCUCAAGUUGGCUGAGCUGGAGGAAAGUGACGCUGGUGGAGUGAUGUUGAGAGGCAGAGAAUUUGAUACAGUGACAAGAUUCGAUGACCAUGACAGCUUGGCAUAUGGUUGCGACUGGGAUCGCGGCGAGGGCAACAACGAGGGAGAAGUGGCGAGGAAAGUUUAUAGCUGCUCGUUUUACGACGCCACUUUGCACAUCUGGGAUUCGGAGGUAUCUUGA